GGGAGCAACACCGGAAAUUGCACCGGAUAAAUGUCGAUUUAUCUGAGCGCAUGGGGCAACGCUUCUACGGUAGCUUUCUUGCGCAAACUGAAGGCUAUUCUUUAGUAAAAGAGCGUGCUCAUUUCAAUUCGAAGCCGCAAGAAGCUCCAACCAUGACUUCUUCCUCUGCUGUUCUCCGUGGCCUGCGUUCCGCGAAUUUGUCGCUACGCCCUGGCGAGGGCCAGACCGUUAAUGUGAAGCUCUCGGCCGCAUCGUGGAGGCUGUGGACUAUGAGCCGGAGGUCGUCGGGCUGUGCCCUCCAGAGUGGGACAAGCAACGUGAGGCCGUUCACCUGAUCGUCGUGUUCGAGGAUGACCCCGAGACCUUCUACACGGUCAUUGUGUACCAGGUGCAGCAUUUUGCGGACCGCGAAGACUUGAAACGUGGCAACUACAUCCUGCUUGUGCGCCCGUUUGCGCUACUAGCAGCAGAGGAGGUCAUGUCGUGGAAGCCAGCGGGCUCGUCCGACACCUGCCUCGGUGUGGACUGCUGCCUCGAUCGUCCUCGCGUUCUGUCACCGGGCGCCGCUGCCGAGGAGUUCCCGCACCUGCUGAUUGAUGACGCGCGCCUCGUCAUCAACAGCACGCCCCUGCCUCAGAUGCAGCCCAAGGCGGGAUACACGGGGGUCAUGUGGGUGGAGACGGUGGAGGAGUCGAGGGUGUGGGACGGGAGCGCGGUCGUCACGGUGGUAACGGGAGUUGAUGGCACCUCCAGCGCCCAGCUGCUCAUCAUGCCCAGCUCCGACAGCACCUAUGAGGUCAAAAUUAAGCCGCAUAUGCCGCUGUUUAUCUACUGCGCGAUGUGCACCGCAACACAUCCUCGGGCACCGCAGCUGGGAGAUGAGAGCCAGCGGCAACGCCAACAGCAGAGUUAUCAGGCCAGGGGUAGCCACGCAAGCCUGCGUGAACAUUUCCGUGUAAGCACAUCAUGGU